CUGCCGCCGGGCAGUCAGCGCCCGCCCGCCGCCCCGGCAGCUCCGGCGGCGUCUCCUUCACGGGAAGGACCGCGCUCUAUCCCCGACCCGCCGGCCGCUCCGCCCGCGGCGUGGAGGCAAGGACUGAUGUUCCUGCUGUGAUGCUGCGCCUGCUGCCGGCAGCUGGAGGAGCUGGGGAGCGGCAGUCCCUGAAGGCAGGCUGGCUCCCCGCCGCCCUCCGUCAGCAGCCGCCCCUCUCCUGAGGCACAAGGUGUUCUUGGAAAACGUGCUGGCACUUUGGAGCUGAGAAAGGACAUGAGGAGUAAAAGGACCCAGGAUCUCACUGGUCAGAAUGAAACAUAUGUUGAAAGAUUUUUCAAAUCUAUUGUUAGUAGUGCUCUGUGACUAUGGAACAGUUACUUGUGUGUUUCUUAAUACUGUUGUGGAACUUCUUUCAGUUCUUGGCGAAGUGGAGUAUCUCCUGUUGGAGCACCCGGAUCAUGUAGCUUUCAGCAACGACACAGUGUCUGUGGAAUAUCAGUACUACAGUGGUGGUAAUGUGACAGCAGAGCAUGUGUCCAUCCUUUUAUUGGAUGCCAACACCAGUGAGAUAAUUGCAAGAAAACAGCUUCCCGCAAAUCAGUCCCAGGGGACGGUGGUGUUUGAGUGCUUUCAUUUCAAGAGUGCUGGUGAUUUCUUGUUUAGAAUGGUCUCUCCCAGUGACAACAGCAGUGCUGCCCAGUGGAGCGGAAGCAGCCUGUCCACCCUCCAUGUGGAAUGGCCUGUAUUUCACAUUGAUUUGAACAGGAGUUCAGAGGUGCUUGGGAGCUCCCUUCAGGUUGGACUUUUUACAAAUGAGCAGUUAUGUGCCAUGAACAAGACUGUGAUUUCACUGGAUGUGAUAUUCACCAGCGCCCUUUAUGAAUUCAGAAGAGUAUGCUCUGAUGAGACUCUGGGCAUUAGAACUAGCAAAGGAAUCCCCCUGUCUAGGUCCCAGUGGCUAGAGUUUGAUUGCCCACCUGUCAGUCAAGAAAUAUACGUCACUGUGUUACUGAAAUCAUUAGAAACACAUUCCAUCAUUGCCUCCAUAGGACCUGUAGAUCUCUUCCACAAAUUUGGAUACAGACUGGUUGUGGCAGCAGAAGACACAUGUAAAACUUUGGUUCAGGUUUUUGUGAUCUCUCCACCUUGCACUUCUAUCAGUGGAAAAAUUGUUGUUUAUAAAGAGGCUCUCAAGCAUCCGAGUCAAAGAACAACUUGGCUGUAUGAAAACAUUCUUCAUCCAGGAGACAACAGGACAGAAUUUAACUGCACUUUGUUUGAUGUGGGGAAGAACAAAUACUGCUUUGACCUCCUCAACUUCUCAAACCGAAGCUAUUUUCCAGCAAGAGUUAAGGAAUGUAUUCUGAUCCAAAGGAAUAUGGAAACGUGGAGCUGGUGGCAGCCCUGGAGCCCGUGCAGUGUCACCUGUGGGGACGGAAUCCGGGAGCGCUUCCGAGAGUGCCUCACCUCCUCGCCGGCAAAACCAGGCUGCGCUGGAUCACCGAGGGAGACUUCCCUGUGCUCGCUGGAGGAGUGUGUGUCUGUCCAGCCUCCCACCCCACCUUCUGUUCAGCCAGGAGAGGACCAGAAAGCAAAUAAUAUAGUUACCAUCACAGGUAUUUCACUGUGCUUGUUCAUCAUCUUUGCCACUGUUCUUAUCACCCUCUGGAGGAAGCUCUGCAGAGCUCAGAAGUGCAGCACCGCUGUCCGACGAAACUCCGUCCAUUCCCCCGGCUUCCGGAAAAACUCGGAUGAGGAGAACAUUUGCCAAGGCAACAAGCAACGGGACAGCUUUGCUGAAGGAGGGGAUGCUCCUGUUAACAUUCCCCUAACCUACAGGCGAAGUCUCCAAUUUGCCCAAGAAGAUGAUGCCUCUGGAAGUGAAAACUUCCAGCCAAAUGCCCAAAAAAUAAUCCCUCCAAUAUUCAGCUACCGGCUGGCACAGCAGCAGCUGAAAGAGAUGAAGAAGAAAGGCCUGACAGAGACCACUAAGGUGUACCAUGUCUCUCAGAAUCCUCUCACAGACACGGUUCUUGGUGCCACCACCAUGCUUCCCCUGAGCGGGGAAAACCAAGAGGAGGCAGUGGCAAACAAAUUUCGGAUCAAAUCUCCAUUUCUGGACCAGCCAGCCAGUCAUUCCAAGUUCCUGGGAGAAGGCUCUCACCCUAGGCUGGAUUUUCCAUUCUCACAGGCCAAUCCUGCAACGAGCCCUACCCAAACCUUGGUAAGAAGAGGUCAUUUCAAGCACCAGGAUAACAGAGUGGACUUGCCUGAGAGGAGCUGUCACAGGAACUCGCAGUUCAGAAGAACAGCCAGUUUCCAUGAAACUAAAAAGGCCAGGCCUUUCAGAGAGAGAAGCAUGUCCACUCUCACACCCCGACAGACUCCCCUCUACAACUCCAGGACCAGGACGUGGGACCAGGGUCUGGAGGACAGGACACGGCCAAAAUCAAGAAAUGCUAAUCCAGCUUGUGAAAAGCUGGAUCAGCCCCACGGCACUGUGCUGGGAUGUGAAACACAGGGCCAUGGCGCAAAGCCCCACCACAGGGCAGGUCCCCCGGUGAGGAAGCUGGACCUGAUCACGGAUCGCCAGCCUGCUGGUCAGGAGAAGGCAGCUGAGAAGCCUGAGCCCAGCCGAAGUAAGAGGGGCCCUUCACCUAACCCCAAAGGUGUGUGGCGGAAAGAAACCGGCCCAAAUGGCAAAGAGGGUUCCCAGAGAGGCCUAAGUGUCAGCCCUGCCCAGUAUCGAAGGGACAAGUGCCAGAGCUUCCCCCUGGACCCUGAGUUUGCCUUUUAUGACAACUCUACUUUUGGCUUAACAGAGGUGGAGCAGCAGAUGAUUGACCUCCCUGGGUAUUUUGGCUCAAAUGAAGAAGAUGAAACGAGUACCCUGAGCAUUGAGAAGCUGGUGAUCUGAGUGACUCAUUGCAGCCCUGUAGGAGUGGCGUGCGUGGGAGAGGAUCUGCAGGAUCGGUUGGCUUCUGCUGAAAGAAAGAGCAGGAGUCGCGUUACCUCCACACACAGCGGCAGGGAGUAAUGCCCCAGGUCUGGCUUGUGGGAACAUAUUCCUUUCUAAUUACUGAAAAUGCUUUCAUAUAAUUAUUUUUUGUAUGUAUGUGUGUACAAGACACACAAAGUACCCUGGGAGAGAACAUGUUAGAUAAGGUGUGGCGCAGGAAUAGCCAAUAGAUUUUAUUGUGUAAAGCUGUCAUGUUUUGUGCAUCAUACACUAUGAGUGCUGCUGACAUUUCCCACCUUGUCCACUGUGUACUGAAGCAUCCACUGUCCAGCACCCUCAACCAUCUGCCCUGAUUAGUGAAUCAUUUCCCAUCUAGAAAGCACAAAGCUCAAUCUGUGGGCAGUUUUCAUCAUUUUUCUGAUAGUCAUCAGUGAACUGCGUUGAUUUGUAGGUGUUGCUCAAACAACUCAUAUGGUGGGGGGUGUUUUAGCUGGUUGCAUGGAAGUGCAAACAAUUGAUGCUGAAUACUUGAGUGAAUUUUAAAUUGAGGAGACAUUUUCAUCAUUCAAGACUUUGAUAAUUUCUUACUGUCAAUAUUUAUAUCAAGAAAACAAUGUACAAAUACUUGCAGGAAAUCAGUACGAAAGGCAUGCUAGAGUGAGGGCAAAGAAAACAGAUGAUCAAAUUUUAGUCCUCACAGAAAUGUUACCACAGCAUGUUACCUGUAAAAAGCAGUGAGAGAACUGUUGAAUUAUGCAUCCUUUCCAUAGUCAUCCUUUCCUUUAUUAAAAUUUUUAAAUGUAAGUACAGUGACAGUAACACUACUACAGCAAGCUCGAAAUAAAUUAUGAACAAAACCAGCAAACAACAAGAUUAUUUGAUUAAUACCUGUUCUGGGAACAAAAAAUUAAAAUGGCUUGACAAUAUCUUGUGAUUCACUGAGAAUCUUAUAGCAUCAUUUACGUUGGAAAGACCUGUAAAAUAAUUAAGUCCAACCAUUAAAAUAACACCACUGUGUUCACCACUAAACCAAACCCCUUAACUGCCACAUCCACACACCUUUUGAACACUUCCAAGGACAGUGAUUCCACUGCUUUCCUGGGAUGCCUGUUCCAAUGCCUGACCACUCUUUCAGUGAAUAAACUCCCUCAUAUCAAAUCUAAAUCUCCCUUGGCACAUCUUGAGGCCAUUUCCUCUGAUCCUGUCACUUUUUACCAGGGAGAAGGGGCCAACCAACCCCCACCUUGCUCACCUUGCUACAACCUCCUUUCAGGGAAUUGUAGAGAGCAGUAACAGUGAACUACAAAAGCCAUGAUGGGCUUUUUUGUUGUGUUUUAAAACCAGACAUCACAAAUUUGCCAUUAGAUUCUGCUAAAAGUAUUCGGAGUUGGGUUGGAACUCCAGUUAACAGCAGAAGCAGAGCUCAGGCCUUUGUGAAUGACUAAGUCUUUUCUUGCCAUUUGUUAGGAUAAUCAUCUCUCUGGGAACUUAGCAGAGACCAGGGGAAUGCUAGUGGGCAGAACCAAGAAAAGAGGAGACGCUGCCCGUGGAGGUUGGUGUAGGAGAAGAAAGGUUUAGGCAGUGGAGUAUUAGACUGAAAUGAACUCUCCCCUAAGGAGCCUGACCCUACAUGCCCUUUAACCUGCCUUGUGGGUGUGAAAGCAAAAUUAGCAUGUGCUCCAUUGCCAUGAAGUAGGCUGCAAUGUUUCUCAAAACUGGUUUCUUGAGCAGAGAGAGAGAUUUCCUAAUCCCACACUUCUUCCUCCCCAGCCCUGCUCCCCCACAAACCAACAGCAAUUUUAAAGGAAGAGCAGCAUUGCUGUGUGUAAGCUGCCAGUUUCUGAUGGCACCCUGCUGCCAUCAGUGUCCAAAGCUGGCACAGGUAGCUUGACAGGCACACGGUGUUACCUGCUGUGACAACACAGGAGGAGCAAGCCACCAGAGUGGCCACCAGAGUAAAAUCUGGCUGUUUGAAUGGCCUUUCUGAUGGGUAAUGCUUUGCAGCUGCUGCUGGAGUGAGGGAUCCGACUCACUGGGUGAUGUGAACUCCCUCUUUCCUGGGAGCCAUGCCAAGAUGCUGAUGUUCAGCCCUUGGCCCAGCGUGGUGUUGGUACCAACGAUGCAUUCCCAUGAACUGUCAGCUUGAAAAGCUGUUUAAAGCAUUUAAAAACAUGUUCAUGCUUGAAGAGUUAUCCAAAGGCAAUCAAAUGUAAUGAGUCCUUAAAUUGACUUGAAUGAGCUGGAAAUCAGACCUCUGAAACAAUUGCUGCUCAGGUUACUUACCCUGCCUGUACUAAGGUAAGGUCUGUGGUGUGCAGUACUUUCUCUCUGAAGCAGCAAUCCACCAUUAUUGGAGCUGCAGGGCUGCAGUAUCUGUUUAAGCUUUGUGGAGCCUCUCAGCGUGGGAGAGAGACCCUGGAGAAAUGGGACAUCAGAUGUGCAGUGCAGCAACAUUCAGCAAGCAUUCCUCUAAGCAUCAGCAGGAGGGAUUAGAGCUUGGUGGUAGCCCUCAGAUCCACUAAGUACUCCGCUAGUGGCAUUCUACCCUGUUUAUUAAGAUUAAAGGUGCUUCUGAAAUGCUUCCUGGGGUUUGCUGUGGGAUUUGCAGGCUCCUGCACAAAGCCCUGUGACCCUUGCGUCUCAGAGGGGGUUUUCUUUGCCACAGGAGGGCAGAGAAGGGGCAACAUUGCUCUAAAUCAGAUGCUGCUUUCUGCAAAGUUGUCCCAGUGUUGGGCUGUCUUAUGCAUUAGAUGUACUUGGUACAUUUUGCAUCAAAGGCAGCAGGGCAAACCCCUUCCCUCCCAGCUCGUCGUGCCUUGGCCUCCCUUUCCCUGUCAGAGACAGGAGAAUCACCCUGACUCCGAUGUUUUUCUGAAGGCAGUCCAGCUCUAAUGCCUUCUCCUCCAUACUGAUGCACAGGGAAACAGGCUCCAGAUUUCUCAUUGCUCACUCAAUGGGGAGCUGGACUUGGUGCUGGUUGUCUGAUUAAGCCCUGCUGACUUCAUCUCCAGCUUGAUAAUCCAUUAUCAGAUGGGUUACCAGAUGCUUAAUGAACUGCCAGACCACAAAUGCUGUCCCCUAACUGCUGUAUUUUCCACAAUCUUUGCCCUACUUCCUUAGCCCUCUACUGAAGGAUGGGAUUGAGCAUCAACUGCCAGAAGACAUGAACUUAUUUCACUCACAUUUCUCUGUGUCUUCAACAAAAAUUAUCCUUUCUGCCCUCAGUGCUCCUCAGAGGCCACACAGUUAUAAGGUGUGCAGAGUCAUUCCUUGUGUCCCAACAUGCAGUUACAAUCUUGCACUGAGAUUUUACCAUAUCAAAAUACAGAAGCAGUGAUCAGAAGGGAAAGAGUAAGUGCUGCCUUUUUGCAGCCCUUCUUUCACAAGGGCAAUCUCAUUUCAGACAUUUUGGUGAAAAUUUCACUCCACAUGAGCAUGCUUGAGAAGAGGGCAGGGGGGCAGUCUAGCCAAGGGCACAGGGUCUAGGAGCACAGCUCCCUGGAGUGCUGCCCAUUACGCUGGGAUGUUCAUGCUUGCAGUCUCUGGGAUAUCUAGGAAGCAGAGGAACCAAAUCAAGUUUUAAACUGAACCUUCACCUUGUGCCUCUGCAUUGUCUCCAGGACAGCUUGAGUCAUGAAAAUUCAGCUUACCUUGCAGACCCUUUCAACUACCCAGGACAACAGGUGAAAAAGCACCAGAGCCAACACUGAAAGAAUACAUUUCUCAUAUUAUGAGCUUUCCAGGAUUUUGAUCCAGAUUUCUGUUCACAUUCCUAUUGUAGAAAACCAGAUAAAAAGUAUUAAGUCCUACUCAGAUGGUUUUAUUUCACUCUUUGUUGAUAUGUAUACAAAUUACAGUAUAUAUGGAUAUAAAAGUAAUUAAAUGGAAAAGAAAUACCAGUUUAAAAAUUAUUAUAAAUCAGAAAAAAAGGAAGCAGGUUUAUUCUGCAGCAUGGCAGUUAAAUUAUUUGCAUCAAGCUGGUUCUGCUGUUCAUUUUUAACUGUUGUUAUUAACAGCUGUAGAAAAUAAAUCUUCAGUAUCCCAUUUCUUUCAGUCA